AUGCCAUUCCUACGAGGAGAAUUAUUCAAUAGCCCCUCGGCCCUCUUGGGCAUAGCCUCUGGGGUGGUCUUCAUCCUCCUGGUCGCCUACAUCGUGUACCAGCAAUUCCUUCACCCGCUGGCGGGCUAUCCCGGCCCGCUACUGGCAUCUCUCACAGAUCUCUGGCAGGUUCAGCAGUACCUCACCUUGCAACAGCCAUACACCCUGACCCAGCUCCACGAGAGGUAUGGCGAGUUUGUGCGUUAUGGGCCCAACAAGCUCAGCAUUACGGCCAAGGAGGCCGUGCCCAUCAUCUACCAGAAGGGUGGCCGUCGGUUCCCCAAGACAGAAUUCUACGAAGCUUUCGGUGGCAAAAAGCCCAAUCUCUUCGGAAUGAGAUCUGACGACCGCCAUGCCGUCCACCGCCGCCACAUGUCGCACGGCUUCUCCAUUAGCAGCGUCAAGGAAAUGGAGCACUAUCUCGACGCCAACGUCAAGCUCCUGCGGCAUCGGAUCGACGGCUUCGCGCGAGACGGGCGUCCCUUUGACCUCAAGAAGCUCUUCCACUACUACACCAUCGAUGUCAUCGGCGAGCUCGCCUUCAGCCGUUCCUUUGGCGUGCAGGUCUCGCACGACGAGUCGCUGGUGCCGCGCGUUGUGCCGCACACGCUACUCGGGUCCGUUACGGGCGCCUGGCCGUCCAUGACCCAAAGGUUGAAGCGGUGGCUUCCCCUGGUGCCGCACGCCGGACUGCAAGAUCUCUUCCGAAGCCGCGCUGAGGUCACGCAGCUGGCGUCCGAGUGCGUCGAGCGCCGCCUGGGACAGGUCAAGGAGCAGGGCGCGGGCCACAGACCAGACAUCCUGACGAGACUGAUCCAGGCGAAGCAUCCCGAUACGGGCGAGCACAUGCCGAGGAUCGACCUCGAGGCCGAGGCGUUCGGAUUGCUCGCUGCAGGCACGCAUAGCACCAGCGCCACGGCCACUCUGCUCUUUUCCAACCUCCUGCGCAACCCAGAGGCCCUGGCAGCGUGUGCGCGCGAGGUCAGCGACAGUCUCCCGCCCUUAGAUGACGACAGGCCCGCGUACAGCAUCACACAGGUCGAGACUCACCUCCCGUACCUCCGCGCCUGCGUGCGUGAAAACUUUCGCCUGACGCCCGUCUUCACCAUGCCGCUAGAGCGCCGCGUCAUGGAGCCCGAGGGCGUGUUCAUCAGCGGCCGCCACAUCCAGCAGGGGAUGGACGUCGCUGUCUGCGGCCACGCCUUCCACCACAACCCGCGCGUCUGGGGCGAUGACCACGACGUCUUCGACCCCUCGCGCUGGGAUGACGACGCCACGGCCGCCCGUGCCCGCUACAUGAUGCACUUCGGCCUCGGCAGCCGACAGUGCAUCGGCAAGACGCUGGCGCUGAGCAACAUUUACAAGCUCGCCGCCACGUUGCUGCGCGAGUUUGAGUUUGAGAUGGCGAACGCAGAGGAGCGGCAGGUGGCGGCCCGCGGUGGGUUCCGCGGGAAGCUGCCUGAGAUGUUCAGUGUUGGGGUCAGUGAUCUCAAGGGGCCGCUGAUGGUGACAGCCAAGGUGAGAAAUGCAGGCUGAUUCAGGCCUUUUGAUGAUUUGUUUGAUGUGAUGUCAUGUUCUCGGGGAUGCCAUUUCUUCUGGUUCAGAUCCAUGGAGGACGCAGCUUGUUUGCAUAGUGUUCCAGAUCAACCUCUAGAUCAACUUGCGACGAACAUGAUGAAUGACAUGUGACGAUCUAUCAGAUCUAGCCUAUUUGCAAGAUAUGAGUGCAUGACUGACAAUCUAGGCUGCCGGACGUAUUAUCACCAUCUCAACAGUAAGGAAUACCCAGUCAUCAACACUCCAAAUGGCCAUGUUAUCGUGACUCUUUGUACAUCUCAAGAUGUGAUGCAUGGUUGCACCCCAGACUGUAAUGGGUCGCCCAACCGAGCAAUACCAAGUCUCCCUGAGGCAAACCUUUGCCGCUCCUUCCUCUGGAGCAAAACAGCUUCGAGUCACAGUAUGCGCUCCUUCCAAAACAAUUAUCACAGGUUAUACGUGGCUAGGUCGCUGGGUUGAGACUAUGCCUCGGUAGCUAGUUUACCAAUGGGCUUGUACUCAUACGUCAAGACAGUAUUCCC